UAUGAUGAUGAAUCAUUUAAGAAAUUGUGGAAAAUUUUCAACUCUUGUGUUUGCUGACCAUUCAAGUGGAAAAUUAUCCAAAUCAACACUUAAAAUCUUAAAUGCCGCAAAACUAUUGAACCAAUAGAUCUCUUUAUUAGUAGCUAGCAAUGAUGCCAGUUCUGUGGUUGAUUAAAUCAAAUCAUCAAUACCCAGCAAUGUUGUACACCAAGUACUAGUGGCACAACAUGACUCAUUUAAAGCACCUUAGGCAGAUUUAUUAGGCAAUUUGGUUAAACAGUUGAUUGAUUAACAUGGAUUCACUAAUUUUGUCACAAGCACCUCUACAUUAGCAAAAGACUUUUUACCUAGAGUUGCUGUUAAAUAUGCAGCCCAACCUAUAACAGAUGUUAUAGCUAUAAAUAAUGAAGUAUUUUUCAGACCUGUGUAUGCAGGAAAUGCAAUUGCUUAAGUCAAAUCAAAUGAUAAAGUCAAAUUCAUAUCCUUUAGACCAACAAAUUUUGAAGAAGUAGAUUAUAAUUAAUAAUUAGAUUCAAUAAGUUGGUGAAAAAGUGUCAAAUAUUGUAUAGGUGAAAGUGGAAAAUACAAAAUAAAUGAUUGAACAUGUCUCUGAUGAAUUAGUAUAAAGUGAUAAACCAGAAUUGACUACUGCUAAAUUUGUAUCUCUAUUUUUUAAUAAUAGAUUGUAUCAGGAGGAAGAGCCUUGGGAAGCAAAGAAAAUUUCUAAAUUUUGGAUGAAUUAGCAAAUGCUUUAGGCAAUACAGCUAUUGGUGCAUCUAGAGCAGCCGUUGAUGCAGGAUAUGCUGCAAAUGAUUAAUAAGUUGGACAAACAGGUAAAGUGGUUGCCCCUGAAUUAUACAUUGCAGUAGGUAUAUCUGGAGCUAUUCAGCAUUUGGCAGGAAUGAAAGAUUCAAAAGUGAUUGUAGCUAUCAAUAAAGGUAUUUUUAAAUGAAAUCAACUUUAUAGAUUAAGAAGCUCCAAUUGUAAGUGUAGCUGAUUAUACAAUUGUUGAUGACUUGUUUAAAGUAGUGCCAGAGUUAACAAAGAAAAUAAAAGAAAUNUAAUUAUAUUGUUGAUU